AUGGCGUCUAAUAUCACCACUACUCCAUUCUCUCUGCCCAUCAGCGCCUCAGCUCAGGGUGGCAUUGCAAUCCUGACCCUGGCGUUCGUGCUGGGCUUCCCUGGGAACCUGUUUGUGGUUUGGUCGGUGUUCUGCAGAGUGAAAAAGCGGUCAGUGACUUGUUUGUUGGUGCUAAAUCUGGCCCUGGCAGAUGCUUUCGUGCUGCUCAGUGCCCCUUUGUUCUUACGUUACUUGGCUGGGGGCAAAGGCUGGGAGUUUGGUUCAGCAGCGUGCAAACUGGUGCAUUACCUGUCGAGUGUGAACAUGUACGUGUCCAUCUACCUCAUCUGCCUGAUGAGCUUGGACCGCUGCAUGGCUGUCACAAAGCCUUUUCUUUCUCAGAGAAUGCGAACCAAACGCUCCCUGCUGGUCCUCCUGCUAGUGGUCUGGGUGAUGGCGUUCAUCUUGUCACUGCCGAUGCUCUUCUACCGCAGUAAUCAGAAGAGGACAUUUCCAGGCAAUAUCAACCUGACCCUCUGCGAUUCGUACCACUGGGACAGCGUAGGUCACCAAAUCUUCCAGUACGUGUUUGAGACCAUCAUGGCCUGCCUGGUGCCCUUUAUCCUCAUCAACAUCUUUUACUCCUCCGUCAUCUGCCGUCUGAAAAGCGCCAAGUUCCAGCAGAGAAGUCAAGGCAGCCGCUUGAUCCUGCUGAUAAUCUUUACCUUUGGCAUAUUUUGGCUGCCCUAUCACAUUGUCAACAUCAUAGAGGUGGUUGGCCUGUUGACUGGCAGUGAUUCAGUGCUCAAAGCUGCGCGUACAGCCCGUCCAAAUGUCACAGCCUUCGCUUAUUUCAGCAGCGCUGUCAACCCCAUCCUCUACGUGUUCGCCGGCAGCUCCCACAUUCGUCAGGCUGGCGUAAGCUUCAUGGCAAAACUGUUUGAAGCCACCAACUCAGACAGCAGGAGCGCGUCUACCUCCACCCGCAGCGGCCGUGAUACAUCUGUUCUACACACGAUGUCAGUCAAACUGGGGAAGGCUUUCAAAGGCAAGGACAAGGAGAGGAGCAUCAACAUGGCAGGGAAAGAGCUGGACGAGUCUGUAUUCAAGACUCUAGAAAGUGCUGAGCAGAUCGAAUAGGUCCAACUCACACCAUUUUACUACGUUUCACAAUAAAUUAUUUGAACUGUGUUAAAUCAUAAUUUUGUGAUUUUUAACUUUAAUUUCCAUGUGCUUUAUUAUAUUAUAUUAUUAUUUUAUAUUUUCAUUUGUCGACUGUCGAUAUUGUUUAUAUCCUGAACAUUUUUCAACACAAAAACACGAGUACUAACUCAACAAAACGAUGGCUAAAUGUUAUGGUC